AUGUGUGACAGAUUUGCAGCCACUGGCUCUCAUGCCAACAUGAUAUCGUACCUGACCCAAGAGCUCAACAUGCCACUUGUGAAGGCAUCCAACAUUCUUACCAACGUUGUUGGCACUGCCAGUUUGACGCCACUCGUCGGUGCACUGAUUGCGGACUCUUUUGCCGGCCGAUUUUGGACCAUCAUUGUCGGUUCCAUAAUUUAUGAACUGGGGUUAGUGAGCAUCGUCGUAUCAGCAGUCCUGCCACAGCUCCGCCCGCCACCAUGCCCCACUCAAGUAAACUGCAACGAAGCCUCAUCCCUGCAAUUAUGGCCCCUUUACAUUUCUCUGGUCCUCACAACUCUUGGGAUAGGCGGCAUUCGACCUUGUGUCAUUACAUUUACCGCCGACCAGUUUGACAUGUCCAAAUCAAAAGUAGAGGCUCGGAGUUGGAAUUUGUUCAAUUGGUACUUUUUUAGCAUGGCAAUGGCCACUCUGUCUGCUCUAACUGUUGUUGUUUAUAUCCAAGACAAUGUGGGUUGGGUUUGGGGAUAUGGAAUUCCAACUGUUGCCAUGGUGAUAUCAAUUAUAGCUUUUCUCAUAGGCUCUCCUCUUUAUAAAAAACUAAAACCCGGGGGAAGCCCACUAAUUAGAGUGGUUCAGGUAAUUGUUGCUGCUGUGAGGAAGAGAAAAAUAGUUGCUCCAGAAGACUCUGAUCUCCUCUACGGGAAUGGAGAGCUAGAUGCAUCUAUUUCAUCCAAUGGAAGGCUUCUACACACUGAUCAGUUCAAGUGGCUUGAUCGUGCUGCAAUAGUAACUGAUGAGGAUAAAAUGGAUUCAAGCAGACCAAAUUUAUGGAGGCUAGCUACUGUUCAUCGUGUUGAGGAAUUAAAGUCCAUUAUAAGGGUAUUGCCCAUCUCAGCAGCUUCAAUAUUACUACAUACAGCAUAUUCACAUCAGCACAGCUUUCUCAUCCAACAAGCUCGCACCAUGGAUCGUCACAUGUCUCACUCCUUUGAAAUACCCCCAGCUAGUAUGUCCAUUUUUGAUGUCAUUACCGUCUUAUUUGGUCUUGUUCUAUAUGAACGCCUUUUUGUCCCUUUUGCUCGUCAGUUCACCAGAAAUCCUGUGGGCAUCACUUGCCUGCAGAGAAUGGGCAUAGGCUUUGUAGCGAACAUUUUAGCUACUAUUGUUGGAGCACUUGUUGAGAUCAAGCGAAAAGAAGUGGCAGGAAAUCACAACUUAUUGGACAAACCAACUGCGACUAUACCCAUAAGUGUCUUCUGGUUGGUUCCUCAAUUUUGCUUCCAUGGACUAGCUGAAGUUUUUAUGUCUGUGGGGCUUAUGGAAUUCCUUUAUGAUCAGUCGCCCGAGAGUAUGAGAAGCACAGCUGCUGCACUCUACUGGCUGGCAAUAUCGAUGGGAAAUUAUACAGGCACAUUUCUGGUAUCAUUAGUUCACAAAUACUCGGGUAAAGAAGGAAACUGGAUACCUGAUAGGAAUCUCAAUAUGGGAAGAUUGGAAAAUUACUACUGGCUUGUCAGCAUAUUGCAAGUUGUAAAUCUCAUGUAUUAUGUGAUAUGUACCUGGUUGUAUACUCAUAAACACAUAGAAGAGGUAAGCAAAAGCAGCAUGGAAGGAGAUGUGGAGUUAGCUACAGAAAAAGUUCAAUCAAAGCCAUCGAAUGAUGCUAAUGGAAACGGCGAAACAGAACAUCUAAGAAGUGAGACAAAUUAG